AUGGUUUCAUACUCAGAUAGUGUAACAUCUAAUUUAACGGCGAUCGCCAAUAAUAAUAUUCAACAAACCGAUCAAGCAAUAUUUGAAGCUGAUAAGCGAGCUGUUUAUAAGCAUCCACUUUUUCCCUUACUAGCAUUACUUUUUGAAAGAUGUGAACAAGCUACUCAGUCAGCAGCAAUUUCAAAUUCUGAAAGUUUUAAUAUGGAUAUACAAGCCUUUGUCCAACAUCAAGAAAGAGAUAGAAAACCAUUUUUAAUUAAUGAUACAGAAAUCGAUGGACUGAUGAUAAAAGCUAUUCAAGUAUUACGAAUACAUUUAUUAGAACUAGAGAAAGUUCAAGAAUUGUGCAAAGAUUUUUGUAGUAGAUACAUAACAUGUCUCAAAAUUAAAAUGCAAAGUGAAAAUUUAUUGCGUUCCGAUUACACAUCUGGUUACUUAGAAAAUAAUAGCAGCGGUAACUCAAGUAAUAGUAAUUCUCCAUUGUGCCACUCUCCACACCAUAGUCAGGUGAUAUCCUCUUCAGGAGUUUCUGUGCGGCAGUCUGGAGACAACGAUGCUAUAAAACCAAAGACAAUAAUGGAUUUAAAAAACAUAACCAGUCUUUUGUCGAAUAUACCAUCUUCCACAUCUAUAGAAAUGAAAGAUGUAACUCAAGUAUCUGAUGUUUCACAACUUGAUUUAACAGUCACCAAAUCUACGCUUCAAAAUUCUUCUUUAGAAAAAACACCAUUAUCAGCAAUCGGUACAAAUGUAUUACAGAGUAAUGUUUCUAUUUUACAUGGUUCCUUAUCAGCGACUAGUGGUGGCUCUUGUGAUGAAGAAGAUGACUAUUUUGGAAGUAAAAAAAAAAGACAACAAAAAAGAGGAAUACUCCCUAAACAGGCUACAAGUGUAAUGCGCUCAUGGCUUUUUCAACAUUUAAUUCAUCCAUACCCUACAGAAGAUGAAAAAAAAAUUAUUGCAGCGCAGACUAAUUUAACAUUGUUGCAAGUAAAUAAUUGGUUUAUCAAUGCAAGGAGACGAAUAUUACAACCAAUGCUUGAUGCUUCCACACCUGAUAUUGCCGGUGAACAAAAUUUUACUCUUUCUAAAGAUAAGUCUGUAAUUGUUGAAAAUAACAAGUUUUCAUGGCCUGUUGAUGAUAUAUUACAAUCUCAAAACGUCAAUGAAAAUUCGAAUGAAUCAAAUUUUGGCGAAAGUGAUGCAGAGGAAGAAGAAGAAGAGGAAGAAGAAGAAAUUAGUGAUAUUUUUUCUCAACAUAGUGUUAAUGAAUCAGAUUAG